AUGAAGAAACGUUUCUACUUCUCAACACAAGUAAGUAACGGAAACCAUUUGUGGCCAAGGAAUGAUGGAUGUGAUGUGAGGAAUUCCUCGGAGAGACAUCUUCUAUUAUCUGCUGAUUAUAGAUCAACAGAUCCUUCUAAUCCAAAGGAAUCUUCCUCACCCCAUGAAGGAAAUCACAAAGGUGACCAUCUAUUCUCAUGUUCAGAGUGCGGGAAAACUUUCACUCAGAAAGGAAAACUUAUUCAGCACCAGAGAGUUCACACGGGAGAUCUUGGUAAACACCAGAGAAUUCACACGGGUGAGCGUCCCUAUUUGUGUUCAGAGUGCGGGAAAUCUUUUACUUUGAAAGAAAACCUCACAAAGCACCAGAAAAGUCACACAGGUGAGCGUCCCUAUUCAUGUACAGAGUGUGGGAAAUUUUUCAUUUGCAAGAGUGAUCUUGGUAAACACCAGAGAAUUCACACGGGUGAGCGUCCAUAUUCAUGUUCAACGUGCAGAAAAUCUUUCGCUAAGAAAAAGAGUCUAGAUGAACACCAGGGCAAUUGCAAUGGUCUGUGUCUCUUUUCAGAUUGCAAAGACGCUUUCCACAAGAAAGAUAAUCUUGUUAAGCACCAGAAAAGUCACACCGGUGAGCGGCCUUAUUCAUGUUCAGAGUGCGGGAAAUCUUUUCAUAAGAAAGAUAAUCUUGUUAGCCACCAGCGAAGUCACACCGGUGAGCGACCUUAUUCAUGUUCAGAGUGUGGGAAAUCUUUCACGUUGAAAGGAAACCUUGUGAAACACCAAAGACGUCACAUGGGUAAGCAUCCUUAUCCAUAUUCAGAGAGUGGAAAAUCUUUCACUUUGAAAGGAAACCUUAUGAAAAACACAAGUGAGCAUCCCUAUUCAUGUUCAGAGUGUGGGAAAUCGUUCAUUCAAAAAGGAGCCCUUGUUGAACACCAGAGAAUUCACACGGGUGAGCGUCCUUUUUCAUGCUCAGAGUGCGGGAAGUUUUUCACGCUGAAGGGAAACCUUGUUAAACACCAGAGAAUUCACACGGGUGAGCAUCCGUAUUCCUGUUCAGAGUGCGGGAAAUCUUUUACUCAUCAAGGAGACCUUGUUAGACACCAGAGAAUUCACAAGGGUGAGCGUCCCUAUUUAUGUACAGAGUGCGGAAAAUCGUUCACACAGAAAGGAAACUUAGUCGAACACCUGAGAAUUCACACGGGUGAGCGUCCUUAUUCAUGUACUGAGUGCGGGAAAUCUUUCACUCAGAAAGGAAUCCUUGUUACACAUCAGAGAAGACACGCCGCACAACGUUCUCAGUGCAAUCAGACUGCAGGAAAUGAUUAGACAUCAAAUACACUUUCCUAUUCUUUUGACAAUUGUACGAUGAUUGUUACUGCUGAAACUGUUACAUCCAUAGAACAACUAUAGGAAGAAACUAUUUAUUUUAUAAAGGGGGCAUCCUGGGAAAUGUUAUUAUAAAUUUGUAGGAGGAGUUUUGAUGGUCUGAGUCUUUUCUUGCUUCUCGUAUUUCUUGGAGGCUCUCAUGAUGAGAUCCUGCUACAGUUUCUGCCCCCACUUUCCGGUAUCCUCGUUCCCCUUUUUUUAUAUUGCAUAUUGUGAAAUAAAAAUACAGCACAAAGAGUGGUAGCCCCUCAUUAUAGGUUACGGGGAACACAAAGAUCUAAGCACACCAGGGAACAAAGAUGAGCUUCAGAAUGUCCAAAAGAAGACAGGUAGGUCCACAUGGUGUACAAUGCACAUCACAAUACAUUGGGGCAUAGAGAAAAUAUCUGAAUUAUUAGGGGGGUGAUUUGAUAGUUCUCUAUCCAUAAGAUUUAAAUGGUAGUAAUACAAUCCUCAUAUGAACCAAUACUGAGCUACUGCUUUGCAGGCAACAUGUAUAUUAUUCAAUAUGUGAAAAAAAAGCAGGGAAUUGUGACCUCAUAUGAACUACGUUUCUAGGUGUCACAUAAAACACCAACUCCUCCGCUCCUCAUCCUCUUUCUGUUGGGGUACCCCCAGGCUCCGUCCUUGGGACCCUCCUAUUCUCCCUCUAUACCUCUUCCCUAGGCCAGUUGAUUACCUCCCAUGGCUUCCAAUACCACCUCUAUGCUGACGACACCCAGAUCUAUCUCUCCACUCCUCAACUAACCCCCUCAAUCUCCUCAACUGAGUGACGUCUCAGUAUGGAUGUCACACCACUUCCUCAAACAAAAUCUUUCUAAAGUCUCUCACACACGAUCAGACUUUUGCGUGGAUUUUUGUCCGAAUAGGCGUUGGGUGUGAACUUGUUCUGCAUAGACACGGCAGAAAUUUUUUAGACAACUUUCACCAAAUCACAUUGUUUUUUCAGCUUUUUACCGCCACCCUUUGGACAACUUUUGCUAUUG